GUAUAUCCCAAUUGAAAUAUUUUAAAGAAUCUUGCUCACAAGACCAACCCUUCUUGCAGUCCAAAAAAAAAAAAAACUACCUCUUCUUUCUCUUAUAAAAUCAAUUAAUUAAUUUUUCCAAAUUUCACUAAUAUAAACCCCUAAUUUGAUUCUCUCCCCCAUAAUCCAACUUUCCACUUCGCCGUAAUGGGUCCCGAAGCUAACGGCACGGAACCCGAGAAACCAACAGAAGCAGUUCAACUUCAACCCAUAAAUAUUCCACUUCAUUUCGUCUUACCCGAAAAUCACGCUAACGGCCACGAAACCGUUACUAACAACGAAAUUAGUUAUGAACAAGGAGGUGUAGAUAGCAAAAACGAAGGGUUUAUUCAUCAUCCUCAUUCUCUUCUCCCAACGCCAGUUCCACCGGAGAUAUAUCAAACCAACAAAAACAACGAAUCUCCGACUAGCUUAUCCGUCACCGGAGGAACCAUGCCGGAUUUCGGCACGUUUAUCCGUCAAAGGAGCAAUGAUUUAUCAGCAGCGAUUGCGAAACGAGUUUCUUCCUUUCGACAAUCGGUUGAAGAGGAGAACGUGACAGAGUUCAAUCUUUCAGGACUCAGAGUCGUGGUGAAAACGAAACCUGGAGAAGAAGAAGAUGAAAAGAUGAAAGGGAGAAUCACGUUCUUCUCGAGGUCAAGUUGUAGAGAUUGUACCGCAGUGAGAAAAUUCUUCAAAGAGAAAAAGCUGAAAUUCGUUGAAAUCAACGUCGACGUGUUUCGUGAACGAGAGAAGGAGCUACGUGAAAGAACGGGAACGGUUUCGGUGCCGAUGAUUUUCUUCAACGAGAAGCUAAUAGGAGGAUUAGUAGCGUUAAAUUCGCUUCGAAAUAGCGGCGAAUUUGAACGGAGGUUGACGGAGAUGGUGGUGGAGGAAUACGCCGAUAACGAUGCGCCGGUGCCGCCGGUGUACGGUUGUGAUUAUGUUGAAGAUGAUCGGACGGAUGAGAUGGUUGGAGUUGUCAGGGUUUUAAGGGGGAGAUUGUUAGUUCAGGAUCGGAUUAGGAGGAUGAAAAUUGUUAAGAAUUGUUUUGAAGGGAACGAGUUUGUUGAAGUUGUUGUUCAACACUUCAAAUGCGCGCGUAAUGAGGCUGUUGAAAUCGGAAAAGAGUUAUCCAGGAAGCACUUCAUCCAUAAUGUUUUUGGGGAAAAUGAUUUUGAAGAUGGAAAUCAUUUGUAUCGUUUCGUUGAGCAUGAACCCUUUAUCCACAAAUGCUUUAAUUUUCGCGGUGCCGUAAAUGACAAUGAACCAAAGACAGCAGCUUUAAUUUGUGACAGGCUAACUAAGAUUAUGUCUGCCAUUCUUGAGUCUUAUGCUUCUGAUGAUAGAAAACAUGUUGAUUAUGCUGCCAUUAGCCGAAGCGAAGAAUUUCGUAGGUAUAUAAAUCUGACUCAAGAUCUGCAGCGAGUUAAUAUUGUUGAACUAUCGGAAAAUGAAAAGCUUGCCUUCUUCUUGAAUUUGUAUAAUGCCAUGGUCAUUCAUGCUGUUAUUAGCGUCGGGAGUCCAGAAGGUGUAAUUGAUCGGAGAUCCUUCUUCAAUGAUUUCCUGUAUUUGAUAGGAGGACAUCCUUAUUCUCUUGCUAUUAUUGAAAACGGUAUUCUCAGAUGUAAUCAGAGGUCACCAUAUUCCUUAAUGAAGCCCUUUAGCACUGGAGAUAAGCGGUUAGAGGUUGCUCUUGUCAAGUUGAACCCCUUAUUUCACUUUGGACUUUGUAAUGGUACAAAAUCUAGCCCAACCGUGAGGUUCUUUUCACCUCAUAGAGUUGUAGAUGAACUAAGAGGUGCUGCAAGAGAGUUCUUUGAGAAUGAUAGAAUUGAAGUGGACCUAGAGAAGAGAACUGUCCAUCUUGCGCGGAUGUUCAAGUGGUUCAGUGGUGAUUUUGGACAAGAGAAAGAAGUUCUUAAGUGGAUACUUGAUUACUUACAACCUAAUAAAGCAGGUCUAGUGACACAUCUCUUAAGUGAUAAUGGAUCUGUUAAUAUAUCUUACCAGAAUUUUGAUUGGUCAUUAAAUUCUUGAGUGGUGGCAGCCAAAGGAAAGAAUUUGAGUCAUAUGAUCUCAAAACAGAUAAUUCAUAUAAAUGUGUUUAUCAGUAUUGCACACCACUUUGGAGAUCAGUGUUAUGCAGAAAUUUUAGAUAGUAAAUUUUAGAUUAGUUUUAGUUUUCUUUUUUAAAAAAAAUAAGUUAUUCUUACGUAGGAAUAGAUUCUGUAGAGGAUUUACUAGGAUGAUGCUGUAGACUGCUUCGGAGUUGUGGAAUCAUAUGCAGGACUAGUUUCUUCGGCUGCUAAAUUUUAAACAAUACAGGCCAAAAGGCAAAAGCCAUAUCUUGUAACUUAUAUCAUGUACUUGUGUGGUUUAUCAAGUUUUUUCUAUCUUAUUAUAACUUAUAGCCAAACAUGUCACUUGUUGAUUUGAAA